GAUUCAAAAAUCGCUUACCUCAAAGUAGACAGCAAGUAAUUAUCGCCUAUCGAAAAAUUGCCUCAUGUAAAGGCAGCUUAAUAAAAAUUCAAGUUAAACUCCUGGAUUCCUCUCUUUAGCAAUAUUUGCCAUCAAAAUUGUAGAUGUGAGUUGGCAUCCCAUAUUAGCAUGCACGUAGUAAACAAAAGGGAAUUGCAACGAUAAAAACUGCUGGCAUUUGUGAAAGUAGAACGACUCGGUGGUGCAAAAUAUCUUGAUAAAAUAAAAAAGAAAUAAAUAAUUAGUCUAAUUAAUUCAUACUCAACUGUUAACUCAAUCAGUGCGAUAUUCCGUAACUGCUGCUUUCACCUUUUUUAUAAAGCUAAAAGUGUCUCGGCCUUGAGUGCAGUGCGGGCGCUCACAAGAUGAAAACAAAUCCACAACUUUGUACACAGCUUUUAGCAUUGAUGCUUCUUAGCACAUGCCAUUUAAGUGAUGGAUAUCGAAAUAUUAUGCUAAAGGAUUACUUGUGCGCUGACAAGUUUCUCUUAACACUGCAAACGCCCUUUCGAGGUCACCCCGCAUUUACGCUUACUGAAGACCGCGAUUCAGCAGCCACCAUUACACAGGUGUGGAAUACUACAUUACCUGGGUUUUAUUCUUCCAACAAACUGAAAUAUGAUUGCCACUUUCGAGUGCAAACAUCUGAACGACCACCCCGCGGUAUAUACACCGUCAUUACGCGUCUCAAAUUUCGGCGCGACCCAGUGACAAAUACUUGUCUUGAUUACAUACAAUUCGUUGGCGGGAAUCGUCCACCAUCCGAAAAGAUAUGCAACGAAAUAGCCAUAGAUGGUCCAGCGGGACGGUUAAUAUUCGAUCAGCGGGAUCGUGAAGUUAGCAUUCACAUUUACAUUGAUCGACGUCAUUCGAUCAGGGAACCAUUAGAACUGCGCAUGGUGCUGACAGCGCAUUCCGAGUGCAAAUAUACUGGCGAUUUUUUGUGCGACCCUAAGGAUCAAUACUCAUGCAUUUCCAGACAUUUUGUACGUGAUAAUAUAACGAAUUGCAUGUAUCCGUGUCGGGAUGAGAUUUCCUGUUUUCACGAUGGCAUCACCCCGGACGAAAUGGAUACUACAAAUGUAGCACUUUCAGCACUUACGUCGUUAAUUUUCACAAUGCUUGGUGUAGGGUUUUGCGUAUGGGUUUGUUGGAAAUAUUGGAACUGCAUAACAGUGCAACAGCAUGCACAUGAAGCGUCUGCGGCUGCACUACGUAGAGGGCAAAUAGAUACCCCGGUUAUUGAGUUACCAAUUGCGCCAUCUUUUAGUGAUGCUAUUACCACAAACAUUGGACAUGAACUAGAUAAUCAACGCCAACAACCACAAACACCAAAAGAUUUACCACCAAGCUAUGAAUCACUAUUUCCCGAUAGAUAAGCGGCCAAUUGUACUGGUUUUAUGUAUAUCUAUAUUUAAGGAAUCUCUUUUGUACUAAUCAAAUGUGAAUGAGCAAAUUUUAUAAGUUAAUGAACAGUUGUGUGUAAAUAAU